GACAGAAAGAAAGAGAGGGUGACAGUGUAGACGAGACGGGGUAAAAAAAAAGAUAGGAAGAAGGCAAAUGAGUUGAACUGACAGGUUGUUAGAUCUGGAAAAUAAAAAAAGUGGUGCAAAGCUGAUUUAUUAAUCUGGUCUCUGAAUUAAAAGUAAGGCAAGCUAAGUAAGGCUGAUAAAAAGGGUGGGAAAAGAUGGCCAAUUUCGCAGGAACCUGGAAGAUGAAGAGCAGUGAGAAUUUCGAAGAACUCCUCAAAGCACUUGGGGUUAAUGCUAUGCUGAGGAAGGUAGCCUGUGCAGCAGCCUCAAAACCCCAUGUGGAGAUUCGUCAGAAUGGUGAGCAAUUCUACAUCAAAACUUCCACGACUGUGAGGACCACAGAAAUCAACUUUCAAAUAGGACAAGAGUUCAGUGAGGAGACUGUGGAUGGUCGGAAGUGCAAGAGCCUGGCCACAUGGGAGACAGAGAACAAGAUAACCUGCAGGCAAACCCUUGUGGAUGGUAAAGGCCCUAAAACGUUCUGGGUACGAGAGCUGAGAGGCAAUGAGCUCAUCCUGGAACUGAGGAGAAGGUUUUAUUUCUGGCUUUAUUCACUGGCUUUGCUGCCCUUGAGGGACAUCACAUGUCUCCCUCUCUCAAUUCAAGUAUCAGUUGUGAACUUUAAAGUGGAUUUUUGAAAGACUUGCAAUGGUUGAAACACUCAUGCUGUGAAAUUAUUUUCACCAUUCUUCACAUGGGUCACUGAAAAUAUUUGCCAUGAAAAGCCAUUCAUAAGCAUUAAACAAAGGUAACUUGUGAAGGACAAGUGAACAAGACCUAGAGUCAUAUCCUCUGCAAAACCUACAAGAUUUUAUCAAUGCAAUACAAAAAGUUUACUUUAUAUAUAAUCACUUUAUAAAACAGCCUAUUUGUUAAGCCAAGGCCCAAUAUUGUAUUUGUUUAUUCCAAUUUAUUCCAGUAACCAGUUGCUCAAAUUUCCAAGGCUAAACAGUAGCUCUUAUUGCUAAAUAAAUGACCUCAACAGAGAAAUAUGCUUGACCAUUAACACAGCACAACUUGUGUCCAGUCAUAUUUUUGGUACAUACUGUAAAUGCACUCAUGGACCUUGACACAGUAGGUGGCAUUGCAGCAUACAAAUGACAAGUUAUGUUGAAGUCAUAUCUGUAGCUUCUUAGCUGCAUUGAAAAUGUUAUGCAGAGCAGCAAAAUGGUGAUAUCUGGCUCACAUCAAAGCUCCUUCAAGCUUAUAAGUAAAGAGAGGCUUGUGAAUGCAUGGUGGUGAAUAAGAGGUGACGCAUCUUCCCCAUUCAGCUGCUGUUUUGUCAUUAGCUGAAUAAUCAUGCAAUUAAGUAUUAGACCAACUGCAGCUUAUUUUUACACAACACACGUUGCGAAUGAAUGUAACCUUUGCUGUUGGAAUGGCUUUUUGAAAUUAAAAUCUUCUGAUGAAAUUAAAUCCUUUCAUUUAAAAAACAAACAAAAAAAAAAAACAUUUAAAAUAACUUAUCUAAAUCUUGAGAUAUUGGACUAAACCUCCUUGUGCAACCUACUGAUCCAUUGUCUCACAAAAUGCUUUUCCUUGCCAUCUAACAAUAUGAGUCAACACUGUCAAAUACAAAGACAAUGUGUGCUGUCAUGCCAAACAUGUAUUAUAUAUAUAUUGAUUAUUUUUUGAUGAAUGAAUAAAUUGAGAAUAGAGGAUGGUUUCUAAACUGAUUUUCAGCUUUAUCUAUUGAAUUGUCACCUCACCAGACACAACCUCUGACUGUCCUGACAGCUUAUAGUGUUGACAAAAUAUUCACAAUUUGUAUAUCACACGUGUAUUAAAUGUAGUAGAUUUAUGUUGCUGGUAAAUAGAGGAAAAGAAAAAGGUUUGUAUAUUUAUACUAUAAUACUGUAUGAUCUAUAUACACCGAUUAGCCACAACAUUAAAACCCCCUGCCUAAUAUUGUGUAGGUCCCCCUCAUGCCGCCAAAAUAGCGCCAACCCGUAUCUCAGAAUAGCAUUUCAGAUGCUGUUUUCGCACCACAAUUGUACAGAGCGGUUAUCUGAGUUACCGUAGGCUUUGUCAGUUUGAACGAGUCUGGCCAUUCUCUGUUGACCUCAUCAACAAGGCAUUUCCAUAUAAAGAACGGCCCGCUCACUGGAUGUUUUUGGCACCAUUCUGAGUCAAUUCUAGAGACUAUCGUGUGUGAAAAUCCCAGGAUAUUAGCAGUUAUAGAAAUCCUCAAACCAGAAGCUCCUGACCUGUAUCUGCAUGAUGUUAUGCACUGCUGCCACAUGAUCGGCUGAUUAGAUAAUCACAUGGAUGAUUGUUGGUGCCAGAUGGGGGGGCAUUCGCACUCAAUCACCAUGCACUACACGGAUGGUUUAACCGUUGCACACAACUUCUCUGUGUUUACAUUAGCAUGUCCUGCUGAACGUGUUUUCAUGUGCACCUUCCUGAGAACAUCGACCGGAAAGAAUUAGGGAGUUUGUAUUUUGUAUAUGAGGGAAAUAUAAAAAAAAAAAAUUACCUUUUGAUGCUGAUGAAAUGUUUUCAGUUAAGAUUGUUUCUUGUAUCCCAGCUUGAUAUGUAGUUAAAUAAAAGUAUGUCAGUUGUUGGUCAUUUUUACCUUAAAGUGGCAUUAUCAAAAUCUGCUCUUUUGAUCGUUCCGUCCAUACAUUUCUAAAACGUAGGAAGAGUUAGUUAUAUUCAUAAGGAAAGCCAUAUGUGAUUGGACAAAUCAGUACUAAUAAUUAGGAAAGUGCUACCUGAUAGGUCGUAUUCACUAAGAGCUAACCCUAACACUCCCACUAAACCUAACCAACCAGGGCUGCGUUUCCAAGUAGAUCGUAGAAGCCAUUGGCGCCAAUGGACUCUACGAUCAACAUAAUCUCACAAUGCUUUCGGGAAAUGCAGCCCUGAUCCAACCCUACACAGCAACACUGGUUUAACCAAUGGUGCGUUUGGGGUGGGACUAUCUUAUACAAACGUGUACAAUAAAUGGAUAGUGAGAUUUUAAGGAAUCUGUUUGAAAACAGUGAUUAUUUUUGCAAAUUCCAUUUUGUGAUGCUAAUGGCUUCGAUAUUACACACUUUAGUAUUUAAAAAGGUAUAUUUAUUUUAUUUCACUUUUGUCAGGAAAUGGCACUAGUUAUGAUAAAAUAAAAAUGGUCAAUUUGUGUUAAGAACACUAGUGAUAAAAAUCAAUUCAUUUCAAAGUGGAAAAGUUGCAAUAGUCAAAGCUAAUUACCAGUAAAAUUGUGGGACAUGUAUAUCUGAAGAAUCAAUGAUUUGCCUGGUGCACCAAAGCACUGUGCGAUAUAAUUGUCUAACACAAACUUUAUAUCAGUUUUAUUAAUUUUCCCUCUGUAAUACUUCAUGUUUGUGGCUCUAGGUAAAUAGCCACAUUAACAUAAAGCGGGCAUCAUGCAGCAAGGUUGCUGGCAGUGGCCCAGAGCAGACUGUACAAAUAAACCUAAUUGAUCAUGUUACACGUAGGAAUGUUGGCAGUGUGUAGGGGCCUGACAUUCCUCUUUCUGAUGUCUCCAAGGGCACUGCUGUACACAGCAGAUGGCCUGUCCUAACAUCAUUUUUUAAAGAGUCCGUGAGGUGGUCUCUCUUCCUGCUCUGGUGUGCAGAUGGUGUAUGCUGAUGUCAGCUGCUCCAGUUCUGUUUAGCUGUGCUUUUCAAAUGGCGAUAAACUUGUAAGGCCACCAUCAAACCAGAGGCAGACAGUUUUCGUUCUAUUCCUCUCCUUGACAUGAGUGAUGGUUUAUAACUCUCAAACGUGAGAGUGGAGCUGUUAGACUCCUCCAGGUCCACAGAGAGCAGGUACCGAUCAAUACGUCAGUAAAUGCAUUCCAUUGAUGUACAAUUCAAACAAGCUCCAUUUGUACAGAUGUGAUUCUUACAGUGCUUAAACUUUCCUUGCUCAUAUACUUGACUAAAUGAACUGAAUAACACUCAAAAAAAAAAAAAGAGUUCAUAGUAUUCUCUCUCUCUUUCUAUUUAUUUUCUUU